CGCUAUCAGUGAGGAUAACGCGAGCACUGUGCAGUGUUCCACAGCUGGGGGUGUGUAGUGUGUCAGGAAGUGGUGCUGCUGCUGCUACAUCCGACCAUUUAGGAUGAGCGACAGUAGUGUAAAAUGGGUGGAGGAGAAGGUAGAGUUCAUCAGUGCCAUAGUGCCGGGGGUAGAUGAAGUCAUCCUCCGAGAACAGCUGAAGGUAUUAAAGGAUGAAGAUGAGGUGGCGGACCUCAUGUCGAGCCUCCUUGAGCACCUGGAUAACAGUAAUUAUGAGGAAGGUAACCUAAGAUCAGUGGAAGGGCAUGCCGAGUCCCCAAGAGGAGCAGCGGGGACCACAGAGGACAAUGAGCAUUUAGCAAAGGUCAGCGAAGCCAGCGAACGAGAACUAUCAGGUGCUGAACGCCUGGUGAUGUCACCAGAAGAACGCUCUAGUCCAGUAACAGAUCCAAUGACUUUUGAUAGAGUGUUCCUGACACAAGCAGACUGGACAGAAGACAAUGCGGCAGCUGCAGGAGACGAGUCCAGAGCAGCAGGAGGAAGCCAAGUGGAAGACGACCAUCAGAUGGCCUUGUCUCUGGCCGGAGAAUACACUCUGGCAGAAGCACUGGAACACAAAUUAGCUGCCCGGCACGCGGAGCUCAUAAGUCUGUUUCCUGAUGCCCAGCCUGAUUACCUGAGGGAAAGGUGUGAGGAACUCGCAGAUGAGGGAACAGACUUCACGAAACUGGUAGAAGAGCUUAUGGAGAUGAAAAAGAAUCCAAGAAUGAGGGGAAACUUCGACAUGGAAAAGGAAGCUACCAAGAAAACGUACAAGGAGCAUGUAAUUAUGGAACAGCAAAUUCAGGAAACUCUUUUCGACUUACAAGAGGACAGUGCGCAGUACGAGCUGUUUUUGUGUGUGGUGUGUCGGGAGGAGGAGAUCCUGGGCCUCAACACUGUGACCUGCAGCUCCCCCCAGAGACCACACCGGUACUGUGUACCGUGUGUCACACGGUACAUUGCCUCCUGCAUAGGAGAAGGUCACACGUCUUUUAAGUGCAUAGACGAAGACUGUGCAGCAUUGUACCCAGACAAGGUCCUGCUGAAGGUGAUGACGCCGACGGAGUUCACCAAGACCCAGGAGCGGAGGCAGCAGGAAGUGAUAAGAGUCUCUAAGCUCAGGAAUCUUGAGACCUGUCCGUUCUGCACCUACGCCGUUAUCAUGGACGACCCUAACGACAAGGUGUUAGUGUGUAGGAACCCGCUGUGUCUCAAGGAAUCUUGCAGGUUGUGUAAGGAAGAGACCCACGUCCCGCUCCGCUGUAAUGAGGUCGAGAAAGAUCACCAGACGCAAGCCCGACUCAAAAUUGAAGAAGAGAUGUCGAGAGCCAUGAUAAGGAAGUGUCCAGAGUGUGGCCAGAACAUUGUCGGGGAGGCGGGCUGCAACAAGAUGACGUGUCCGUGUGGCACCGUCAUGUGUUAUAUAUGCAGGCAGAAAAUAAGAGGCUACGACCACUUCGAAAGGAGUUCCAUUCCUUCUGACAAGUGUCCGCUGUGGAGGGACCUCACGAAGCUGCACGACUCCGAGGUGCGACAAGCCGCGGCCACUGCCAGAGAGGCCCUGGGUCCUGACCUCACAUUGGUCCACGACCCCACUACUGGCGUUCUCUAAAGGCACUGGUUCACCACCCCACUACUGGCGUUCUCUAAAGGCACUGGUUCACCACCCCACUACUGGCGUUCUCUAAAGGCACUGGUUCACCACCCCACUACUGGCGUUCUGUAAAGGCACUGGUUCACCACCCUACUACUGGCGUUCUCUAAAGGCACUGGUUCACCACCCCACUACUGGCGUUCUCUAAAGGCACUGGUUCACCACCCCACUACUAGCGUUCUCUAAAGGCACUGGUUCACCACCCCACUACUGGCGUUCUCUAAAGGCACUGGUUCACCACCCCACUUCAGGCGUUCUCUAAAGGCACUGGUUCACCACCCCACUACUAGCGUUCUCUAAAGGCACUGGUCCACCACCCCACUUCAGGCGUUCUCUAAAGGCACUGGUUCACCACCCCACUUCAGGCGUUCUCUAAAGGCACUGGUUCACCACCCAGUUUUAGUGUUAUAUCAACGUCCGCCUUCCUAAGGUGGAACUACUGACCCCCCCCCCCCCACAACCCCCUGGACGCAACCCUCACAAUACUUCCCUAACUCCCGGGUACCUAUUUAGUGUUGGGUGAGCAGUGGCAUUAGGUGAAAGGCAACGUACCCAACCAUUUCUGCUCUGUCCGGGAAUGAGAUAGUUUGACGAUAUAGCACUAGUUCGGGAUUUGAAGACAACACAGGCGUUGGGAGAGGAGGAAUCGAGCUUGGGCCAUCGGGACUCGAACGCCGACCUGCGUGAAGCAAGGCCGUCGCUGUAUAGUCCGGACCAAUUGGAUAGACAAUAAGAGCUCAUUCUAAUUGAUGUCAUUUUAUUUAUUAUAUAGUUUUUCGAAGGUCUGACGCUGCGUGUAACUGACUGGCCGGGCCAAACAAAUUAGUAUAUUUGGUGCUCAUAUGAAUAACAUACUUUGCACCCAAAUCUUAAUUCAAAGUUGAAAGAAUUUAAACUAAAUAUCUUAUUAUUUUUUCUUAACAAUGAGAUUCCUUUGAAUAAUGAGUUAUGAAUGACAAGGAAAUGAGGCCCACUACAUAAAUACUUCCUCUUUACUAGAAGAAUAAUUUGCAUUUUACCUACACCUGAACCAAUGUAUGUAGGCGGUGGAGAAGGGAAGUUGUAUCGCUUAGUUCUUACCAGGGAGGAGUUAUUAAACAGAAAAAAUAAUGUCAAACACUCCAUAGUUCCAGUGUCCAACCACUUGGGCUGGACGGUAUAGCGACGGUCUCGCUUCAUGCAGGUCGGCGUUCAAUCCCCGACCGUCCAAAUGGGUGGGCACCAUUUGGUUAGGUUAGACACAUGCAUGAAUUUGGAUGGAUAUAAAUUGGAGCUGCCUUGUAUGGGUCAAUGGACCUUCUGCAGUUGACUUAAUUCUUAUAAGUUCAUGAUGGGUAUAUCAUGUGUACAAACUAUACAUGUUUAUAAUACACUUACACAUUUGUGUCGUAAUUUUUUCAUAGCGUUUUCUUUGACUGUAUUAGCUAGAGGUAUUAUUAAAUAUAUAAAAAUCCACAAUGAAAUGACAUUAAUGUGGCGUAUCAAUGACAAAAUCAGUAGGAUCCAUGAGGAGGAUUCGAACCCGUGCACUUGGUUCUCCCAAACAUACGCCCUAGACCACUACACCGAGACAUGGUCAAAAGCAAUGCAACCUGGGAUUCAACAAUAUGUGGGUUCGAAUCGUACUGAUUUUAAAUUAAACUUAGAUGAAAAUC